AUGCAGACAGACCAGGGACCGUACAGGCCAGCAUGCAGACAGACCAGGGACCGUACAGGCCAGCAUGCAGACAGACCAGGGACCGUACAGGCCAGCAUGCAGACAGACCAGGGACCGUACAGGCCAGCAUGCAGACAGACCAGGGACCGUACAGGCCAGCAUGCAGACAGACCAGGGACCGUACAGGCCAGCAUGCAGACAGACCAGGGACCGUACAGGCCAGCAUGCAGACAGACCAGGGACCGUACAGGCCAGCAUGCAGACAGACCAGGGACCGUACAGGCCAGCAUGCAGACAGACCAGGGACCGUACAGGCCAGCAUGCAGACAGACCAGGGACCGUACAGGCCAGCAUGCAGACAGACCAGGGACCGUACAGGCCAGCAUGCAGACAGACCAGGGACCGUACAGGCCAGCAUGCAGACAGACCAGGGACCGUACAGGCCAGCAUGCAGACAGACCAGGGACCGUACAGGCCAGCAUGCAGACAGACCAGGGACCGUACAGGCCAGCAUGCAGACAGACCAGGGACCGUACAGGCCAGCAUGCAGACAGACCAGGGACCGUACAGGCCAGCAUGCAGACAGACCAGGGACCGUACAGGCCAGCAUGCAGACAGACCAGGGACCGCAUUCACAAAGCAGCUCAGAGUAGGAGUAUUGAUUUAGGAUCAGUUUUGCGUUUUAUCUCACAAUGAAUACGAUUACAUUGACAAGAGGGAGCUGGUCCCAGAUCACUAUUCCUACUCUGAAGACUCUUUGUGAAUACGAGCCUGGGAGGAAAUCUGUUGCCCAAUACCUUGCUCAGCAGUCUUUCACCACAGGACCCCAGUAUUACUGUCACUGCUUAUGAACUGAAUAUUGUAUGUGAAUUUCCAUAUAUCAAUGACACUGACAAAAGGGUUGAAUUGUUGAUCAACAUGUGCAGUAAAUGCUAACGUCUUUGGUGAUGAAAGAUACAUCAUGUAUUUAUUGUCAUCUCCCUAUCAGACCCCUGCAUGCUGUUACAUGGACUUGGAUGGUGACAUCAUCUUCUUCAAGCUGCCUGUCUGAAUACUGGGACCUUCCAGAAGCAAGGGCCUUACCUGGGAAUACAGCAACACUCUCUCUGUCUCACAGCCAUUCUGUCGGAUAGAGGUAGGGAGACCUGACCUCCUACUGGCCCUUACCUGGGAAUACAGCAACACUCUCUCUGCCUCACAGCCAUUCUGUUGGAUAGAGGUAGGGAGACCUGACCUCCUACUGGCCCAGGGCCUUACCUGGGAAUACAGCAACACUCUCUCUGCCUCACAGCCAUUCUGUUGGAUAGAGGUAGGGAGACCUGACCUCCUACUGGCCCUUACCUGGGAAUACAGCAACACUCUCUCUGUCUCACAGCCAUUCUGUUGGAUAGAGGUAGGGAGACCUGACCUCCUACUGGCCCAGGGCCUUACCUGGGAGUACAGCAACACUCUCUCUGUCUCACAGCCAUUCUGUCGGAUAGAGGUAGGGAGACCUGACCUCCUACUGGCCCAGGGCCUUACCUGGGAGUACAGCAACACUCUCUCUGCCUCACAGCCAUUCUGUCGGAUAGAGGUAGAGAGACCUGACCUCCUACUGGCCCUUACCUGGGAGUACAGCAACACUCUCUCUGCCUCACAGCCAUUCUGUCAACAUGUAUUGUAUGUAACCACUCAAAUUCACACCAACUGCUACAGACGCAAGCAUCGACUUACAUUCUUCAAUCUUGUCGGGAUAUAUAUUUUAGUUGAGACACCUGUAUGAUAUACGUUAAUAAACAUGUAUUCUCUCUGGACAUGAGACUUGCAUUUAUUUUAGACCUUUUAAAUCAGAAACUCUAAGUGUAUUUGUCUGGAUGUUGAAGUUUUCACAGAAGUUCAUAAAAAAUUGAAGACCAACAUGUCAAAUAUGCUAUGAAAAAGUUAUUGUUUUGUAAUCUUACAAUACAAACAUGAAAAUGAAUUGUUUAUACAAAACUUUAUUGCAGUUGGUCAUCCCCAAAAUGUUGCCUUUGAAAGCCUUGAUAGUUGCAUCCUUCCUCAGGGAACGGCCUGCUGACAACAGGAUGGAAGGUGUUUUGAUGUGCUUCUCUAGAGUUCCAUGGGCCAGCAGACUCACCUGGGAACAGGGGGAUGGACACGUUUUGAUACGUCUGGGAGACUUUUACAGGGAGGAGAGAGCAUGAGUUGGAGGGAGUACAGUAACUCCAAUCCAACCAUUGGCCCUUGAUAAUAUGCUAGCAUCACACAAGCAGACUGCCACAGUGGAGGAGGUUUACAGAGUAUACUGUUAUGAGUGGAGCUUACAUCUCUGUGUUUUGGAGAGAUCGCAGCUAGUUGGUCAGAUGUCUCUGUAGCACCUGGAGAGAGACGGAUAGAGGUAGAGAGUUCUAGAAAGAGAGAGAGACCUGGCUAGUAUACCUCCCACUGGCCCAGGGCCUCCUGGCUAGUAUACCUCCCACUGGCCCAGGGCCUCCUGGCUAGUAUACCUCCCACUGGCCCAGGGCCUCCUGGCUAGUAUACCUCCCACUGGCCCAGGGCCUCCUGGCUAGUAUACCUCCCACUGGCCCAGGGCCUCCUGGCUAGUAUACCUCCCACUGGCCCAGGGCCUCCUGGCUAGUAUACCUCCCACUGGCCCAGGGCCUCCUGGCUAGUAUACCUCCCACUGGCCCAGGGCCUCCUGGCUAGUAUACCUCCCACUGGCCCAGGGCCUCCUGGCUAGUAUACCUCCCACUGGCCCAGGGCCUCCUGGCUAGUAUACCUCCCACUGGCCCAGGGCCUCCUGGCUAGUAUACCUCCCACUGGCCCAGGGCCUCCUGGCUAGUAUACCUCCCACUGGCCCAGGGCCUCCUGGCUAGUAUACCUCCCACUGGCCCAGGGCCUCCUGGCUAGUAUCAUGCAAUGUAAAGCAAAACAAUAAUAUAAUGAUUUACUGAUACGGAGUGCUCCAUGUUCCUGGGUCAGAGAAAUGUCCUGCCUUGUAGAAUGGUGGCAUCUAUCUCCACCAGGCUCCAAAAAAUCAGAUGACAAACCUGCAGAGAUAACAGCUACGACAAAUUAUAUUGCAUACAUGUGAAUUUAUAACUAGCUAAGAUAUUAUUUAUAUUAUGGCACUACGUCUCAUCUCACCAACAGUCUCUCUGACAAGGAGUUGCUCCAGAGUUGCUCCAGGAGUAGACCGUUGUUUGGUGCAUAAGACUUCUCCACUUCUUAUAUGAGUGCAGUAUUAGCUCUUGAAAUGGUAUAAUGCAAUGUAAAGGAAAAGAUAAUAUCAUAACUUACUGGCAAGUUCCAUGUUCCUGCUGAUCGCAAACUUCAACCUGGAUGCAUGAUUCAUGCCUGUAAAUGACAGCAGUGUUUGUCACUAGUUACCACAGCCACAAAGUCAUACAUCCCACAUAUUUAUCCAAAUUCUCUUCAUAAAAUCUGAUUUUAAACCUAAGCCUAACCUAACCACGCUGAUAACCUUAUACCUAACCUUAAAUUAAGACCAGAAAAGCAAAUGUUUGUUUUCAUUAAUUUUUACGACUAAAUAACAACCCUAUUAAUUCUAGAAGUAUCGACUAUUGCUUAAUUCAGAAAGUAGGCUUCACCCCCGAGAUACAUCUGUAGGCAUUAGCUCGCUCGCUCGCUCGCGUGAGUUAGCUAGCCAACAUGUAUUGUUUCUGACAUGCCACGAUCCUGCUUACUUUACAUCUGACAGAUAUUUAGCUACUGUAGCUACCUGGAUAAUAAAGGUUUAUGAUAAUUGCAGUUGGUUCAUUAUCUAGCUAGCUGUGUUUUACACUUAAAUAGCUAGCUAACCAACUAGGCAGUUAUCAAAGACACUCACUCUGUAACUUCUCAUACUUUUCUGACCAACUAGACAUUACUUUAGCCAACCUGCCGUCUAUAGGUCUUCUAGGUUCAAAAAUAUAUGGCUGUAGUCCGACGUUCAUUGUCAAAAGAAACCCACUCGUACACUGCCAUCUGGUGCAGCCAGGCAGUCAAUGACUACGUCAAGCCUGGACGAUGUUCUAUUUCAUAUUUGUAUGGUGCGCGUGCAGCCCAGGAGUGUAUAAUCGAUUAUAUCUCCAAUGUACAAUGUUGGAUAAAAAUAAAUAAAAAAAGUGACAUAUCAGAUUCAUACAUACAUAUAGCCUACAUAUCAAUACAUACAGUGCCUUCAGAAAGUAUUCAGACCCCUUGACUUUUUCCACAUUUUGUUACGUUACAGCCUUAUUCUAAAAUUGAUUAAAUAGUUUUUUUUCCCCUCAUCAAUCUACACACAAUAACCCAUAAUGACAAAGCAAAACGGAAAUAUCACAUUUACAUAAGUAUUCAGACCCUUUACUCAGUACUUUGUUGAAGCACCUUUGGCAGCGAUUACUGCAUCGAGUCUUCUUGGGUAUGACGCUACAAGCGUGGCACACCUGUAUUUGGGGAGUUUCUCCCAUUCUUCUCUGCAGAUCCUCUCAAGCUCUAUCAGGUUGGAUGGGGAGCGUUGCUGCACAGCUAUUGUCAGGUCUCUCUUGAGGUGUUCGAUCGGGUUCAAGUCCAGGCUAUGGCUGGGCCACUCAAGGACAUUCAGAGACUUGUCCCGAAGCCACUCCUGCAUUGUCUUGGCUGUGUGCUUAGGGUCGUUGUCCUGUUGGAAGGUGAACCUUCACCCCAGUCUGAGGUCCUGAGCGCUCUGGAGCAGGUUUUCAUCAAUGAUCUCUCUGUACUUUGCUCCAUUAAUCUUUUCCUCGAUCCUGACUAGUCUCCCAGUCCCUAAUGUUGAAUUUUAUGUUCCUUUUGAUGGCGUAGAAGGCCCUUCUUGCCUCUCAGAUUGUUCACAGCUUUGUGGAAGUUACCUGUGGUGCUGAUGUUUAGGCCGAGGUAGGUAUGUUUUUUUUGUGCUUUAGGGCAACGGUGUCUAGAUGGAAUUUGGUUUGUGGUCCUGGCAACUGGACCUUUUUUGGAAAGACAUUAUUUUUGUCUUGCUGAGAUUUACUGUCAGGGCUCAGGUCUGACAUAAUCUGUGCAGAAGAUCUAAGUGCUGCUGUAGGCCCUCCUUGGUUGGGGACAGAAGCACCAGAUCAUCAGCAAACAAUAGACAUUUGACUUCAGAUUCUAGUAGGGUGAGGCUGGGUGCUGCAGACUGUUCUAGUGCCCUCGCCAAUUCGUUGAUACAUGUUGAAGAGGGUGGGGCUCAAGCUGCAUCCCUGUCUCACCCCACGGCCCUGUGGAAAGAAAUGUGUUUAACCACACACUUGUUUGUGUACAUGGAUUUUAUAAUGCUGUAUGUUUUUCCACCAACACCGCUUUCCAUCAAUUUGUAUAGCAGACCCUCAUGCCAAAUUGAGUCAAAACCUUUUUUGAAAUCAACAAAGCAUGAGAAAACUUUGUUUUGUUUGUUUGUCAAUAAGGGUGUGCAGGGUGAAUACGUGGUCUGUCAUACGGUAAUUUGGUAAAAAUUUGUUCAGUACAUUGUUUUCAUUGAGCAUUUUCCCAAGGUUGCUGUUGAUGGAUAUCAAAUCAAAUUUUAUUUGCCACAUGCUCCGAAUACAGCAGGUGUAGACAUUACAGUGAAAUGCUUACUUACGAGCCCUUAACCAACAAUGCAGUUUUUUAAAGAAAAAGUGAAAUAAAAAAAGUGUUAAGUAAAGAAAUAAAAGCGAAUAACUAAAGAGCAGCAGUAAAAUAAAUAACAGUAGGGAGGCUAUAUACAGGGGGUACCGGUACAGAGUCAAUGUGUAAUAACAGUAGGGAGGCUAUAUACAGGGGGUACCGGUACAGAGUCAAUGUGAAAUAACAGUAGGGAGGCUAUAUACAGGGGGGUACCGGUACAGAGUCAAUGUGAAAUAACAGUAGGGAGGCUAUAUACAGGGGGGUACCGGUACAGAGUCAAUGUGUGGGGGCACCAGCUAGUCGAUGUAAUUGAGGUAAUAUGUACAUGUGGGUAGAGUUAAAGUGACUAUGCAUAAAUAAUAAACAGAGUAGCAGCAGCGUAAAAGAGGGGGAUGGGGUGGGGUGGGGGGCAGUGCAAAUAGUCUGGGUAGCCAUGAUUAGCUGUUCAGGAGUCUUAUGGCUUGGGGGUAGAAGCUGUUAAGAACACACCUCCUGGUAUAUAGGUCCUGGAUGGCAGGAAGCUUGGCCCCAGUGAUGUACUGGGCAGUACGCACUACCCUCUGUAGUGCCUUGCGGUUGGAGGCCAAGCAGUUGCCAUACCAGGCGGUGAUGCAACCAGUCAGGAUGCUCUCGAUGGUGCAGCUGUAACUUUUUGAAGAUCUGAGGACCCAUGCCAAAUCUUUUCAGUGUCCUGAGGGGGAAUAGGCUUUGUCGUGCCCUCUUCACGACUGUCUUGGUGUGUUUGGACCAUGAUAGUUUGUUGGUGAUAUGGACACUAAGGAUCUUGAAGCUCUCAAUCUGUUCCACUACAGCUCCGUCGAUGAGAAUGGGGGCGUGCUCAGUCCUCUUUUCUUUCCUGUAGUCCACAAUCAUCUCCUUUGUCUUGAUCACGUUGAGUGAGAGGUUGUUAUCCUGGCACCACACGGCCAGGUCUCUGACCUUUUCCCUAUAGGCUGUCUCACCGUUGUCGGUGAUCAGGCCUACCACUGUUGUGUCGUCUGCAAACUUAUAAUAAUAAUAUAAUAUGCCAUUUAGCAGACGCUUUUAUCCAAAGCGACUUACAGUCAUGCGUGCAUACAUUUUUGUGUAUGGGUGGUCCCGGGGAUCGAACCCACUACCUUGGCGUUAGAAGCGCCGUGCUCUACCAGCUGAGCUACAGAGGACCACAACUUAAUGAUGGUGUUGGAGUCAUGCCUGGCCAUGCAGUCAUGGGUGAACAGGGAGUACAGGAGGGGACUGAGCACGCACCCCUGAGGGGCCCCCGUGUUGAGGAUCAGCGUGGCAGAUGUGUUGUUACCUACCCUUACCACCUGGGGGCGGCCCGUCAGGAAGUCCAGGAUCCAGUUGCAGAGGGAGGUGUUUAGUCCCAGGGUCCUUAGCUUAGUGAUGAGCUUUGAGGGCACUAUGGUGUUGAACGCUGAGCUGUAGUCAAUGAAUAGCAUUCUCACGUAGGUGUUCCUUUUGUCCAGGUGGGAUAGGGUAGCGUAGAGCGCAAUAGAGUUUGCAUCAUCUGUGGAUCUGUUGGGGCGGUAUGCAAAUUGUGGGUCUAGGGUUUCUGGGAUAAUGGUGUUGAUGUGAGCCAUGACCAACCUUUCAAAGCACUUCAUGGUUACAGACAUGAGUGCUACGGGUCGGUAGUCAUUUAGGCAGGUUAUCUUAGAGUCCUUGGGCACGGGGACUAUGGUGGUCUGCUUGAAAUAUGUUGGUAUUACAGACUCAGUCAGGGACAUGUUGAAAAUGUCAGUGAAGACACUUGCCAGUUGGUCAGCGCAUGCUCGGAGUACACGUCCUGGUAAUCCGUCUGGCCCUGCGGCCUUAUGAAUGUUGACCUGCUUAAAAGUCUUACUCACAUCAUCUACGGAGAGCGUGAUCACAUAGUCAUCCGAAACAGCUGAUGCUCUCAUGCAUGCUUCAGUGUUGCUUGCCUCGAAGCGAGCAUAGAAGUGAUUUAGCUCAUCUGGUAGGCUUGUGUCACUUUGCAGCUCGCGGCUGUGCUUCCCUUUGUAGUCUGUAAUAGUUUUCAAGCCCUGCCACAUCCGACGAGCGUCAGAGCCGGUGUAGUACGAUUCGAUCUUAGUCCUGUAUUGACUCUUUGCCUGUUUGAUGGUUUGUCGGAGGGCAUAGCAGGAUUUCUUAUAAGCGUCCGGGUUAGAGUCCCGUUCCUUGAAAGCGGCAGCUCUACCCUUUAGCUCAGUGCGGAUGUUUCCUGUAAUCCAUGGCUUCUGGUUGGGGUAUGUACGUACGGUCACUGUGGGGACGAUGUCAUUGAUGCACUUAUUGAUGAAGCCAGUGACUGAUGUGGUGUACUCCUCAAUGCCAUCGGAAGAAUCCCGGAACAUAUUCCGGUAGUGAUUGGGGUCAAAUUUGUCUCCACUUUUGUGGAUUGGGGUUAUCAGUCCUUGGUUCCAAAUAUUGGGAAAGAUGCCAGAGCUGAGGAUGAUGUUAACGAGUUUAAGUAUAGGCAAUUGGAAUUUGUGGUCUGUAUAUUUUAGAAUUUCACUUAGGAUACCAUCAACACCACAGGCCUUUUGGGGUUGGAGGGUUUGUAUUUUGUCCUGUAGUGCAUUCGGAAAGUAUUCAUUUUGUUAAGUUACAUCCUUAUUCUAAAAUUAAUUAAAUCAUUUUUUUUCUUCAUGAAUCUACACACAGUACCCAAUAAUGACAAAGCAAAAACAGGUUUAAAUACAUUUUUGCAUAUGUAUAACAAAAGUAAUAUAUAUAUCACAUUUACAUAAGGAUUCAGACCCUUUACUCAGUACUUUGUCGAAGAACCUUUGGCGGCGAUUACAGCCUCAAGUCUUCUUGGGUAUGACGCUACAAGCUUGGCACACCUGUAUUUGGGGAGUUUCUCCCAUCCUCUCAAGCUCUGUCAGGUAGGAUUUGGAGAGUCGCUGCACAGCUAUUUUCAGGUCUCUCCAGAUAUGUUAGAUCGGGUUCAAGUCCAGGCUCUGGCUGGGCCACUCAAGGACAUUCAGAAACUUGUCCCGAAGCCACUCCUGCGUUGUCUUGGUUGUGUGCUUAGGGUCGUUGUCCUGUUGGAAUGUGAACCGUUGCCCCAGUCUGAGGUCCUGAGCGCUCUGGAGCAGGUUUUCAUCAAGGAUCUCUCUGUACUUUGCUCCGUUCAUCUUUUCCUUAAUCCUGUCUCUAAGUGGUAAAAGUUAUUUGUUUGUUAAAUAUUCGACUUCAUGGCUCACACAUCACAAGUCAGGCAUCGACUUGAUUAUAGAUAGAAUACAUGAUUAUAUGAAAAGAGAAUGUUAUAAGCCAUUUAACGCAGUACUAGCAUAUAUGCAUUUCAAUGAGAUUCCCUUUUCUGUACCCGUUGUGGGCGGGAUCAAAGCUGUUGCCAGGGACGCAAGGCCUGAACACGUUGGAAAGUUCAAACCUGUGUUCCUCCAUACUGUUACUAUAGUAAGUUAAUAUACUACUACCAUAACUGUGCUUCUUCAACAACUCCAAUCAUAUACUGACUGUACUACGUGUGUGUGUCAGAACCCAUCCUGAUAGCGCGUGCCUUGGAGGACUACUACCCUGGAGACUGCCGGUUCAUCUCUCUGCGUCAGGGUCAGGUGGUCUAUGUCUACUCCUUGCUGAAGGACAGAGGAAACAUGUUCUGGGCUGGCAGCGUAAGGAUCUUUGUGUGUGUGUGUGUGUGUGUGUGUGUGUGUGUGGUGUGCAAGUUUUGGUGCUUCUUGAGAUGUGAAUGUAUAGUAGUAUUUAUAUAUAGUAGUAUUUAUAUAUAGUAGUAUUUAUACAUAGUAGUAUUUAUUUUGUAGCCACACAGUAUGGUCUUCUAUCAGACUGUUAUACAUUAUGUUGAGACAUUGUAACAGAGCAGUUUCAGUCAACCAUUGGUGAUGUGUAACUUUGAGACCUGAAGACUAACAUUUGCUCUGUGUGUGUGUGUGUGUGUGUGUGUGUGUGUGUGUGUGUGUGUGUGUGUGUGUGUUUACUAGGUCCAGGGGUCGUAUUACGGGGAACAGGAGGCCAGACUGGGGCAUUUCCCCAGCAGCGUCGUCGAGGAGACACACGCUCUCAUGCCAGCUACCAACGAGGUCAUGACUGAUGUAGGUGGACACACACACACAAACACACACACACACACACACACACACACACACACACACACACACACACACACACACACACACGCGCACACACACACACACACACACACACACACACACACACACACACACACACACACACACAGAGCAAAUGUAAGUCUUCAGGUCUCAAGGUUACACAUCACCGAUUACACGUUACUGUCAUCGACGACAAUUAGCUAGCUCAGGACUUCAAGUGGUGAAGUCAAGACAAACACACACGCUGACAUAAUUAAUAAUUGUUCCCCAAAAUCAAUUGAUAUAGAAUAUUAGUCUUCUCUCCUCUUCUCCUCUCUCCCUCCUCUUAUUCAGAAUUGGGACUUUUACUGUACCUGAAGACUGAAGAGUCCUGA